UGACUUCAUUACACAUGUGUUUGUUUUGGAAAACUUGAGUCAAUUUAUCUGAGAGAAUUCCGGCCUACCAGCUUCCUUGACUGAAGUGUUGAAAUCUGUAUAUAUAGAAUCGUGAAAAGUGAUAAGUCAAAAUUUUGUGAAUUUAAAAACUCGAUUAAAGGAGGGAUACAUUUUUUAUGAACGUUGUGAAAAAUCAAAACAGUCAAAAUGUGUGCGAAAAUGGCAUUUCAACACCAAGCUGGCACAGCCAUGCAGUGUCUAAGUAUUCCAAUUACAUUGCAUAAGGAAACUGAAAUAAUUGCCAAUGGGGAAGAAGUAAUGAAGUGUGGCUUUAAAAUAGGCGGAGGAAUCGAUCAAGAUUACAGAAAAAGUCCUCAAGGAUACACAGAUAAUGGAAUAUAUGUUACGGAAGUUCACGAAGGUUCCCCAGCUGCAAAAAGUGGUUUAAGAAUGCACGAUAAAAUUUUGCAAUGCAAUGGUUACGAUUUCACUAUGGUUACUCAUAAAAAAGCAGUAGGACAAAUUAGAAAGCAUCCAGUUCUAAACUUACUAGUAGCUCGGAAAGGAGUUACUAGUACUUAAAAUGUAUUAUAAUGUAAUUUAUCUGUUUAUUAUAUAAGUUAUUUAUAUUUAAGUGACGCUAAAAUUGUUUGUUGGCAGUAUACAACCUCAAAAAUAUAUUGUAACUUGUGCUAGAUACAUGUGAAUUAUAUGUUGAAUAUUAAAUUUUUUACUUUUAACGCAAUAAAAUUUUUUAAACACUAA